GCUUUGCUUUUCGUUUUAAUAUUCUUUUGCUUUACAAGAUGGCUUGCUUCCUCAGAUUCGCCUAAAGAGGACAAAAGAUACUGUACGAUUUUUCAAAAACGAUACGUCUGCACGUCUGAGUCAACGACGAAAAUGGCGGGCAUCUCCGUCGACGAGUUCCUGAACCGAUGCCAGCAGUCCGGCGACGGCGCGUACGGCGCCAUCCGAUCGGUGUUGGAGCGGCUCGAGGAUCCCAAAACACGAACCGAAGCUCGGAUCUUCUUGUCGGACAUCUACAAGCGUGUGGGAUCCUCCGAGAAGUGCCUCGAAACCUACCAUUUCCAUAUCCAGGACAUCUUCCUGGAUCAAUACGAAGGCUAUGAUUGUAGGAAGAAGUUGACCAUGAUGGUCAUUCCUAGUAUUUUUAUUCCGGAAGACUGGUCAUUCACCUUUUAUGAAGGACUUAAUAGACAUCCUAACACGAUCUUCAAAGAUAAGACGGUAGCUGAACUCGGCUGUGGAAAUGGAUGGAUAUCCAUUGCACUAGCUGCUAAGUGGUUGCCUUCAAAGGUUUAUGGGCUUGAUAUUAAUCCUCGAGCAGUGAAAGUUUCUUGGAUAAAUUUGUACCUAAAUGCUCUGGAUGAAAAUGGCCAACCUGUCUAUGAUUAUGAGAAGAAAACUUUGCUGGACAGGGUGGAGUUCUAUGAAUCUGAUUUGCUUGGUUAUUGUAGAGAUAACAAAAUUCAGCUCGAUAGAAUUGUUGGAUGCAUUCCUCAGAUUCUUAACCCAAACCCAGAUGCAAUGUCUAAGAUGAUAACAGAAAAUGCCAGUGAGGACUUUCUACAUUCACUGAGUAACUAUUGUGCCCUUCAGGGUUUUGUUGAGGAUCAGUUUGGCUUAGGUUUGAUUGCCAGAGCCGUUGAAGAAGGAAUAGCAGUCUCUAAGCCAACAGGGAUUAUGAUAUUCAACAUGGGUGGCCGUCCAGGACAAGCUGUCUGUAGACACUUAUUUGAGCGGCGUGGAAUCCGUGUUACACAGCUCUGGCAGACUAAAAUACUUCAGGCUGCAGAUACUGAUAUCUCAGCAUUAGUUGAAAUUGAGAGGAACAGCCCUCAUCGUUUUGAGUUUUUUAUGGGACUUUCUGGAGACCAACCCAUUUGUGCCCGGACAGCAUGGGCCUAUGGGAAUGCUGGUGGGCGUAUCUCUCACGCUUUAUCAGUCUUUAGUUGUCAGCUUCGCCAACCAAAUCAGGUUAAGAUGAUCUUUGACUUUCUGAAAAACGGAUUUGAAGAAAUCAGCAGUUCGCUGGAUUUAUCUUUUGAAGAUGAAGCUGUUGCAGAUGAGAAAAUUCCGUUCCUGGCCUAUCUUGCCAACGUUCUGAAAACUAGCUCAUAUUUCCCUUUUGAGCCUCCAGCUGGCAGCAAGAGAUUUUGUAGUCUAAUUUCAGGCUUUAUGAGGACAUACCACCGCAUCCCGAUUAAUCAAGAUAAUAUUGUGGUGUUUCCCUCAAGGGCUGUGGCAAUUGAGAGUGCACUGCGGUUGCUUUCCCCUCAGCUUGCAAUUGUUGAUGAGCACUUAACUCGUCAACUUCCAAGAAGCUGGCUAACCUCCCUAACCAUUAAGAACACAAGCCCAGAAGCAUCAGAAGAUCAGCUCACAGUCAUUGAAGCGCCACACCAAUCUGAUUUAAUGAUAGAGCUUAUAAAGAAGCUAAAGCCACAGGUAGUGGUUACUGGAAUGGCCCAGUUCGAGGUCAUUACCAGUUCAUCUUUUGUGCACCUGUUGGAUGUCACGAGAGAGAUUGGAUCUCGUCUUUUCUUGGAUAUAUCAGAUCAUUUCGAGUUGUCUAGCCUCCCAGCAUCCAAUGGUGUACUAAAAUAUCUUGCAGAAAACCCUCUGCCCUCUCAUGCAGCAAUUGUUUGCGGUUUGGUUAAGAAUAAGGUCUAUUCAGAUUUAGAAGUAGCCUUUAUCAUCUCAGAAGAGAAUGGCAUUUGUGAGGCCUUCUCCAAAACAGUGGAAGUCUUGGAAGGUCAUACUGCUAUUAUCAGUCAGUCCUAUUACGGUUGCCUUUUCCAUGAGCUUCUAGCUUUCCAGCUCACUGAUCGCCACCCACCGGCUGAGAGGGGGAGUGAGAAGACAAACUCUGGUGAGAUAGUUGGAUUUUCUAGCUCAGUUGUCUCUGUUCUAAAAGAUGCUGAGCUUUCGGUCACUGAAAUGGAGAACGCUCCCCUUAUCCACAUGGAUGUGGACCAAAGUUUCUUGCCUAUACCAAGGUCUGUUAAGGCUGCAAUCUUUGAAAGUUUCGUGAGGCAGAAUAUAUCCGAAGCAGAGGUUGAUGUGACCCCAAGUAUUAAACAAUUCGUUCACAGUAAUUACGGCUUCCCAACUGGAAGCAGCACUGGGUUUAUUUAUGCUGAUUGCUCACAAGCUCUAUUCAAUAAGCUGGUCCUUUGUUGUGCCCAAGAAGGAGGAACGUUUUGUUUACCUGCUGGCUCAAAUGGGAUACAUGUGGCUUCUGCUAAAUUUUUGAAAGCAAAUGUUGUGAAAAUCCCGACGGAAUCAAACGAUGGCUUUAAGGUGACAGAAACAACACUUACUAAAGUGCUUGAAACUGUUAAGAAGCCAUGGGUUUGCAUAUCUGGACCAACAGUUAACCCAACAGGCAUGAUUUAUAGCAAUGAGGAGAUGGAAGUAUUGUUGUCUGCAUGUGCCAAAUUGGGAGCAAGGGUAAUCAUUGAUACUUCAUUUUCCGGAUUAGAAUACAAGUCCGCUAGCUGGGGCGGGUGGAACUUGGAGAAAAUUUUAUCAAAACUGCAUUCAAUUAGCCACCCAUCGUUUUCUGUUUCCCUCCUUGGAUGUCUUUCUCUGAAUUUACUCAGUGGAGUGCUCAAACUUAGCUAUGUGGUUUUGGAUCACUCUCUUGUUGAUGCCUUCUAUACCCUUCCGGGUUUGAGCAAACCUCACAGCACUGUCAAGUACGCCAUUAAGAAGCUCUUGGCUCUUGAAGAAGAGAAAGCUGGCGAACUUUUGAACGCCAUUGAAGAAAAUGUGAAAACAUUGGAAAUCAGAUCUAAGCGCUUAAAGGAGGUACUUGAAAGCACCGGUUGGGAAGUUAUAAUGCCCUCAGCUGGCAUUUCAUUGAUGGCAAAACCCACUGCUUAUAUUAACAAAACUGUGAAGGUGAAAAACCAUUCCGAUGACCAAGGAGAAUUACCCGGUGAACAAGAAGUCAAGCUUAUGGAUUCCAAUAUCCGGGACACAUUUCUCAGGCAUACCGGCAUUUGCAUUAACAGCGGCGCUUGGACUGGAGUCCCAGACUACUGCCGCUUUUCUUUUGCAUUGGAGGACAGUGAGUUUGAGAAGGCUAUUGGAUCGAUAUCUCAGUUCAAAAGCGUUCUCAGUGGUUGAAGUCCUGACGGCAAAUGCCCGAGAUGACAUUUUCCCUUAUGGUUUCGGUGAUUGAAAGGCAUCGUUGUGUUAUUCCUGUUUGUGAAUUCCCAUAUUGUUAUCCGUAUUCAAUUGUUUCGAAUAAUGUGUCCCCGUUGUCGUGGAUAAGUCUCUGCAAAAUCCUUGACGGUAACACUUGCGUUUCUUUGA